AUGAUUAAAGUCAGAAAUAAAGUGGAAAACAAUCUUCAAGAUUUGAAAAGUAAAGAAUUUGACUGGCUGCAACAUUACUUUGGACUAAAGAGAAGAAUUCCAAAGGAAAAUAAAGUUUUGAAAGAAGCAGAGAGAAAGGUUGGGGAAAUGAUUCAUAAACUAAAAGAUGACAGAACGGAUAUUAGACUAAAAGUUCAUAAAUAUAAAGUGCUAAACGGAGACAUCAGUCAUGGUUCAUCGAAAUCCAAAGACGUUUCCUUUCGAUCUAAAGAGCCUUUAAAGACAUAUCUAGAAGGUGGUGAGAAAUUCAUAUUUACAAACACGCCUGUGAACAACGGAAAUACGUAUGAUAACAUCACUGGGGUUUUUAUUGCUCCAGUUACCGGAACUUACUAUUUCGUAUUACAGCUCUGUCUUGGAGGAAAUUAUGUUGAUUUGUCAAUUCGCAAAGGCGAGAAUUUAUAUAGCUGGGCACGUUUCUUCCCAUAUUAUUUGUCGUGUCAGACAGUAGAUAUGUUGACUCCCUUACAAAAAGGCGAUGAAGUGUAUGCUUCCAAGACAUCCUCGUGGGAUUACGAUAUAAUGCAUGUUGGCAAUGAUCUUUACAACACUUUCUCUGGAGUACUUAUUGCUUGA